AUGUUGAAUCUAAUUUUGUCCUUACUCUCCAGGUAUACUCAAACACACCAGCCGAUUUUGAAUUUAAGCUUGAAAGAGCACCUUGCUGCAUCUGUUGACAUAGUAUUCCCAGUUAUUCAUGCUCAGUUUGGCGAAGAUGGUGGCAUACAGGAAUUGCUGGAAAAAUACAAUAUUCAUUUUGUUGGCACAGGAUCAAGUCAGUGUCGUCGUGCAUUCGACAAGGUUGCUAAAUCCCAAACUAUUCCCAUUUUGCAGGUGAAGCCAGUCAGAGCAGGAUCAAGCAUUGGUGUUACAGUUGCUUAUGGCGUUGCCGAUGCAUUGAAGAAGGCAAAGGAUAUAAAAUUAGAGGGUAUUGACGAGCAAGUCAUAGUAGAAAUGUUUCUCGAAGGAGGAAGUGAAUUCACUGCCAUUAUCCUUGAUGUGGGCUCCGGAACUGAUUGUCAACCUAUUGUUCUAAUCCCAUAUGAGGUGGAGCUUCAUUCUAAUGAUGAUGAUGCAAUCUUCAAUUACAGAAGGAAGUACCUUCCAACUCGAAAGGUAGCUUAUCACACUCCCCCUCGUUUUCCCAUUGAGGUAACAAGAACUAUCCGUGAAGGAGCAUCUUGGCUCUUUAGACAACUUGGCCUUCGUGAUUUUGCUCGAAUUGAUGGCUGGUUUCUGCCAUCAUCCACAAACUCGUUCUUUGGCACAACAGAUGGGAAGUUUGGAAGGUCUGAUAUGGGAACAAUACUGUUUAUAAACAUUAAUCUGAUUAGUGGAAUAGAGCAGACAAGCUUCUUAUUUCAGCAAGCUUCAAAGGUUGGAUUCUCUCAUUCGAACAUCCUGAGGAGCAUCGUUCACCAUGCAUGCUCAAGGUUUCCCAAUCUUGAAUCAUACGUCGAUAUUUCCAGUCAUUUGCCAAGAAGAUCAAAUUCCAAACUGCGCACUGAAGACUCGGACCAAAACAAAGGCAUUCGUAAAGUUUUUGUCAUUUUUGGAGGAAAUUCAUCAGAGCGCCAAGUGUCUGUAAUAAGUGGAACAAACGUUUGGCUUAACUUGCAAGGCUUUGAUGAUCUUGAAGUUAUUCCUUGCCUGCUUGCACCUCAGAUGGCCGGUCUUCUAAUGCUGGAUCACGGACAGUUUGGUCAUUGCCCUGUUGCCAGUACUGUGCAUAUGAACUUACAACACGCCUCUUUUUGCUACAGUUAUUCUCUUGUCCUGAGACACACCGUAGAAGAAGUUCUUGAUGCUUGCACUGAAGCAACUGACCCAUCUAGGGCUUCAUUAACAUCUCAGUUGCGCAAGCAAGUGAUGGGUGAUUUGAUGGAAGGACUUGAGAAGCACCGCUGGUUUAAUGGGUUUGAUAUUACUGAUGAAAAACCUGUAAAGUUCUCUCUUCAUGAUUGGAUUAAGCAUGCCAAAGAAGUGCAAGCAACGGUAUUCCUUACAGGUCCUGGGAUACUGGCAUCAAAGAUUUGUAUGGAUAAAGUGGCUACAUCUUUGGCUGUUAGUCAUGCACACGGGCCGAUUGAAAUGCCAAAUCCUCCUCCAGAGAAGUUGAUCUUUGAGCCAUUUAUCAAGAUGGAUGAAAUCAUUGUCUCUUCUAAGUCCGCAGACGGGCUAUUGUGGGAAGGAGAGAGCCGAUGGGUGGAAAUAAAAGUUGGUGUAGUGGGGAAACGUGGUUGCAUGCAGUCACUUUGUCUGAGCAUUACUGUCAAGGAAGGUGGUGAUAUUUUAUCACUGGAAGAGAAGUUUCAGGGUGGAACCUGCAUUAAUCUUACUCCUCCACCACCAUCGAUUGUCAGGAAUCUUUUCAUAAACCCUUGUGUCUCUCUGUCUGCUGUUUGCUUUAGUGAGGAAGCAUUGGAGAAAUGUAAGCAGCGCAUUGAGCUGGUAGCAAACACACUGGAGAUGGAGGGGUUUUCCAGAAUUGAUGCCUUUCUUAACGUUGACAGUGGAGAGGUACCCAUUUCUAAACUGUGA